AUGGAAAACUUUUUAAAUUUAAGGAAGAAAAUAAACAAUGGAAUUACUUUAUCUUCUAUGCUCUAUCGUCUUCACUUCCUUCACCUCUCUUAUUCUAUCCCUUAUCCUUCCUUUUCACGCGCUAUUGCGGCGUUUAGGAUCGUCACGCGCCACUUCUUCCGCUUCCAAUGACGGAGCUGAACCAAUAACUCUUUACGAAGGUACAGUCUAUCAUCAGCGCCGGCACCCCGUUCACCAUUCCUUUCAAUACCAAGUUCGCUACGCGCUUAUUGAUCUCGAUCGUGCACAUCACGCGCCUCACGGUCAUCUUUCUCCCGACGAAGCUCGCAAAAUCACCGAUACCGAUGGACCCAUUUUGCUUUUGACAAUUCCUUCUAGUGUGGGGUACGAACAGAAUCCCUUGAGUGUGUAUUAUUGCUACGAAGUUGAAGAUUCUGCUACACGUUUGAAGAAAUGCAUUGCUGAGGUAACAAAUACACCAUGGGCUGAAAGAGUAACCUUUAUUUUCAAUCCUCAUUCUGAUCUAGUGGCCAAAGCUUUGCAUGUUAGUCCUUUUAUGGAUAUGCUUGGGAGUUGGAAUAUCAAAGCAAGUGAUCCUGGAGAGAAUCUUACCUUAUCAAUUUCAGUUCAUCAUCCUGAGUUUGGAAACUAUUUUACUGCUAGUUUGAAAGCCAAAAAGUUGCGCUCGUCGUCAUCGUUAGAUCAUGCAGUUUUCUUUUGGUUGAUGCCUCAUAAGAUUGCUGUAUGGAUAUAUUGGCAUGCUUUAAAAUUGUGGUGGAAGAAUGUGCAAUUUAUACAACACCCUAGAUAUAUGAUUCCGACAUACAGAGACGAAGCUUUAAUACGUGAUCGAAAACUGCAGUGUUGUGUAUUGAGUGAUAAUAAUAGACAUAUACAACAAAGAGGAAGCGACCGAGACUGUUUAGCCGAAUCAAGCCCUAGAGACAGGCGGUUUCGAUGGAUCGAUGCUAAAUGGCCAUGGUCAUAGAAAAUAGGAAGCAUUUGCUUAACAAACAUUUCCAAAGGGGUAAUAAUGGUAAACAUGUAGGCUGAGUUUGUAUUCUGGUUUCAACUAUCAUUUCUUUCAUUCAAAGGAUAAAUGAUCUCUCACCUCUCUCCAUUGUAUAAAGCAAAGUAAAAAACUAUCUGCCUGUAAUCUUAUUUUGAUGAAUAUUGAAAGCUCAGUUUUAAGAAUUGGAAUGAAGUCACCAAUGUGAUUGGUUCAAUUA